AUGCAAGACGCUAAACCAGUUCCCACACCAAUGUCCUCUUCCACUCAGCUCAGGGUUCUCUCUGGUACACCUCUUGAUUAUGCAAAAGAAUAUCGAAUGGUUGUGGUGAGUUUGCAGUACCUCGCGUUUACAAGACCAGAUAUUGCAUUCCCGGUCAACCGACUUUCACAGUUUAUGCAUAGGCCUACAAAUGUGCAUUGGCAAUCCAUGAAACGGGUACUACGGUAUCUUGCUGGAACUCAGUCUCAUGGCAUUUUUCUGCGUUGGGAUGCUCCUCUCACUAUUCAUGCCUUCUCUGAUGCGGAUUGGGGGCGUGACAAAGCAAAUUAUGUCUGUGAUUGGGAACCAGCAGAAGCGGAUUUCAAAGCGUUUUUUACAAAAUAA